AUGGCUUCAUCACGACCUGGCUUGCUCCUCUCUGCACGCAAGAAGCAGGUCUCGUUCAGCAACAAUGCCAUGACACGAACGAUUGAUGAUGAGGCAGCAGUCGACUCAGACACCGACGACUAUAUCGACGAGAGCGCCAUCGAUGACGAUGACGACUCUUCGGACUGGGAGGAUUCAAUGGAGGAGAGCGACAAAUCCAGCAUGGACGACAAGUUCUUUCAGCGAGUGGAUUCCAAGCCCAACUUGACCUCACGACGAUCGCUCAUUACCCUCAUGCUUGCCCAGAACGAUCGCGCAUGCACUCUUGGUAACCACGCUUCUCAAUCGACUUCAGCCAUUCCACGAUCUUGUAUGGCCCACGGCCCAUCAUUGGGUGCCUCGCCUAAUGAUUCUGACGAGGCUCCCCUGAUGAUGAAGGGCAUGCGUGGUCCAGGUCUCAAGCCUAUUCAUGAGGUGCCUCGUUCUAGCGCUCAACCCAUCAUGACUGUCCCCAAUCGCAUUCAGCCUCAAGCUGCGCUGUCACCUCGUACCACUCGUCGCAACAUGUUGGCGACUGAGUUGACCGAGUCUCUUCGACGCCACCUCCUCUGGGAGCGAAAGGUGAAGUCGUCGACAGCCAAUGCCGUCCUCAAGCGACGCCAUAAAUCACAAGAUGUGGCCAACUUGAAGCAGUACCCUGAGAAGCCUUGCAUGAAGAAGAGCGAGGAAGUAAACGCGAGCAGCUGGAACCAGUACUUUUCCAAAGAGGCCAGCGAUGGAUACCACUCCAAGGGAUGGUGA